UCAAAAAUGGCUCAGGGUGGAAUGGUUCUUGUCAAAUACCUAUUGUUUAUCUUCAACUUUAUCUUUUGGGUAAGCUAAAGCUGUCUUGUUCUUUCCCUGAUGACUCUAGUAGUCCUGCUCAAAUCCAUAUAGAUGGUCCUAAUGUCAAACAAGUAGUUUUGCAUUACGCAUAAAUUUAGCUUCACUUGUGAUUUGCUCAAAGUUUUUAUCGCGUCAAAGUGUUAGUUUAACUUUCUGUGAGAGUUGUCGUUUGUUUCUUUUCUCAACUUUGUGUGAAGUUUUCACAAUCGUUCAUGGUGAUACGAACCACUGCUCUUUCGUUCGAAGAAAUGUUCCUUUCGUUUUCGGCCAUCGAUUAUGGUGAGCUUCAUUUGAAUAUUUUGUGGGAGGAACCGUUGGAAGACAGACACCUUUAGUAAAUUAAUGGUAGAGCUGCUUUCAUCUGGUUCACAGGGUGACCCAAAAGAGAUGCGGGUGUCCAUCUUUCCGUCCUUCAUGUCAAGCUGAACUUAUAGGCGGAGAUAAAUAAUUUCUAUUUUGGCUCGUAAAUUACUACAAUCUCGGUCGGUAUACCACUUAACUGGUGUAUCGUUAAUUUUCUAAUACUCGUUCUCAAUUUGUGGCUGAAAGAAAUUUGUAAAAGUCUUUUCAGCGAAUUAUUGCGAGAAAUUCACUGAAUUAUUGAUGUAGAAUUUUAUACAGAAGAGAUAGAAAGAGAGAGGGAAAUAAUGGCUAGGUGGCGGUGGAGGGUGUGAAUGAUUCAGGAAUCUUCUUUGAUCUAUUUACAACUGGCGCAAUGUUGCUGGCGCGUGUAAUAAAUUGUACUGGACUUUGAUCGCGUUAUCUUCCUGAAAUUAAAACCAUUGGCGUAAGUUUAUCUGUCGGACUAAAUGUUUAAUUCUCAUUUACCGUAUGCUAGGGAUAUUUAGUUAGGAAUUUUUUUAGUAUACUACCAAUUCAAGUUUUAUAGUUUGUAUGUUGUGCACCGCAUACAAGAGAUGAAUUAUUUUCCACGCCAUCGAGUCAUUUCGUAGUUAUUGAUUUGUGAAACUGUAGUAUUUAAAUACCCAAGACGCUUUAAAUCCAGGGGUCAGAAGUUUUAAUUUUCAAUAUAAAUUCUCUUAAAACAAUGCCCCCAAGUGUUCAUGUUUUGUUGACUGCCAAAUUUUUUUGGAGUCUCCCAGUUUAUCUACAUAACAGCCUCUCUUCUUAUCUGUUUUUAACACAUCUGUUUUCUUUCAUUAAUGGUUUCCACACAAAAUGUUUAACAGUUUUUGUAAACCCAUUGAGUAGAAUUAUGCAGGUUUAUUACUAAUAAAAAUAUUUGAAGGAGAGAACUUUUAAAAUGAAAUUCUAAAGCCAACCUCAAGUGAGCCUUGUGUUUACCAUUGGUUUGAUAUAAACUUUUGUCACACAUAGCUGUGAAUAAAAUACUAACAUUACAUCUGAAAGUCCAAAAUUUGUGAGGAUAGACUCCUCUUAAAGGAGCUAGAUAGCAAUUGUAUUUUCCAAUACCUCAAUUUUGCCUUUCCUGGAUCAUACAGUACAUUUACUCAUGACUGAAUAAGAGCAGAUCAGAAAAAAAUAUUGUACCUGUCAUAAUUAUUUGAUUUAAACACAUAAUUUGUGUUUUUUACUCUGCUUUGAUAAAUGUUUCCCACAAGGAGGAGUUUUCUUUAUUAUCAAAGGAGGAAAGUUUCUUUCUUGUACCCCAAGUGACUAGCUAUAGAACUUGGUGUUGGAUUACUGACAGGAUCUUUUGUUGCCAUGGUGUUUUCAGCAGACUGAUUGAAAUUUUAAACCAUCCUUUUAAUAUUUUGCUCUUGGACCCGUAGAAGUGUGCAUUGUUAACCAAGUUAUUUAUGCACUCCUAACAGUGUUUCUAACUGUAAUUUAAGAUAUCUAGGGAAAGUUGCUUCAGACAUUGUACAUUGCAGUAAGUGUCUUGCAGAUUGCCACUUCUCCAACCCUUUUAUUUUUAAUAUCUGACAAGUGAUUCUCCCUUCCGGUAAUUGUGUAUUUCCCUGUGAAGGAGUGAAGGAAAUUUGGUUAUAUAUCACUGACACUCCUAAUCAGUUUGUUUAUUCCCAUCAUUCUCCUGUCUGCUAAAUGUGUUGAAAUUGUGACAAGGUUAAAUGUUCGUCUUUGGGGUUUUCAAGAAGUGAGCCAUUUAUAUUUUGGGGAAGUUGAAGUUAGAAACUGUUGUUGGACAGCAGAUGUCUCUGUUUGGUAAAAUCAAGCAUUAUGAUUGAAGCAGCUAGCUGAAGCCUUCAGAGUAUGCGGAGAAGAAUGCCAGCUGGCCUAAAUCUCCUGGUGUCUUGAAAAAUUGCCUUAUUUAUCUUCUGUUUCAUGGUGGAAGAACAACAAAAUUCAUGCAUACAUUUCAUUACAGCAGAAUUUAAUUGUUCAUUUAAAUUUACUUAUGGAGACUUUCCCAGCCAUUUAAAAGUUAACAGAGAGAAACCUGGGUAGAUAAAUUGUUGUGGGAGUUGUGGAAAGGCAAAAAAUUCACAAUUACUGCUUGAUAGUAGAUCAAGAUGGUGUGCUGAAGUGUUACUGUUAUCCUUGAAUAGAGAAAAGAUGUUUACCUUUCCUAUGAACCAAUCAGAUUGCAGAAUUUGUUACUGAGUCCUACAGGAAAAAAAAUACCCUUUGUUUUUUUCUAAAUCUGAUUCAAGUUUGCAUUUUUGCAGAUCUCUGGCAUUUGUUUGAUUGCUGUUGGUGCUUGGAUCAAGGCAAAAUACAAAGACUUCAUUGAGCUAAGUGAGGGUAGUAGUGCAGCGACUGGUGCAGUGUUUCUCAUCAUCAUCGGUGUCAUUGUUGCAAUUGUUGGCUUUUUGGGAUGUUGUGGUGCAUGGAAGGAGAAUUACUGCAUGGUCACUACGGUAUUGGCUCAAAUUUCUCCUAACAGAUUAUAUUUUUGUCAACUCUUAUUACUGUAUUUAACAAGAUAUAAUUGUGCACACCCAUGAAUAAUACUCACCUCUAGUAGAGACCAAAUUUUUAUUGUAAAAAGGUUCUUACAACAAAAAAAACAAAUCAAAUCUUCGAACAAUUAUUUGUAUGUCAGUAUUAUUUGUAUUAUAGUAGUUAUUGGCUACAUGGAGUAUGACACAAAAUGAUUCAGUCAAGUUUUAACUAAAGUUUACUUCAUGAUCUUUACUCCAGUCAUGGGCUAACAUUCAAAAAAGCAGCUUCUGAUUUUUUUCCCAUUAGUGUUAUGGAUAGUUUCAAUGACUGUAAGCUAAGGAGUCAGUGAGUACAAAGGCCCUGAAAAUAUCUAUUACAGUUUAGGUAGAGGCCCCCUUCCCCAAAAAAAAAGGGAGUUCCUCUCACAACUUUUGUCCCUCCUCCUUUCUAGCUCUUCCAUGAAAUAUUGAUCACUCUAACAUAAAAAAAAUCCUUAUGCUAAUUAAAACAAUCAAUUUCUUCAAAUUGGAAUAUGCAGUGCUUUCAAUAAGGUUUGAAGAAGGUGGCCACCUCAGUGAAGCACCUGCCUGAGAAUUUCCCUCUUGGUAUCCCAUUACUUCCAAUCACAACAAACUGGCUUCAAACAGAUGAUCAUUAAAUAUUCAUCUCUUUUAUAACAAUUGUUUAAUUGAUCAUUUUAUUUCUGAUCAAAAUCUUCCAUUUGCUGACAUGAUCCCUGGGUUUCACACAAGAAGUCCUCUGACAGAACAUAUGGUUAAUGGUGACCAAAAUUUGAUUCAGCUUUUUCUUGGAAACACAAAAUCUUUUUUUGCUGGAGGUGUAUGAAAUGUAUGCUGGAUUAUACCCACUGGAGCUUCGGCAGGUGCCUGAUCCUAUUGAAAACACUGAAUAUGGUGUCCAAAAUUUGUGCAGGCAUUAAGUUAAUUUUGAAAGAUGUGUGGUCACAUGAUUGUAAAUUUUUGUGAAUGUAGUAUAUUGGUAGUGCAGGUUACAGUUUUUGAUUUAGUAGCUCUAAAUACUGUCUGUAAUGUCCUUGCAGUAUGCUAUUUUGCUGGCCAUAAUUUUUAUCCUGGAGAUCGCUGCUGGUGCUGUGGCUUAUGCCUACAAAGGAAAAGUAUGUUGAAAUUCAACUAAAACUCUGGGUAUCAGACUGAAUAUUGUAUACAGUGGAUAUAAGGCUGAUAAUGAUAUCAACUUAAAAUGGCUGAGCACUUUUUUUCUGGCAUUUUAAAAGUGGGCAAUUCUAAGGCCCAUUUUACCAGUGCAGAUAACCAUGCAAUCAGAACUGUAUGUUCUCUUGAUCUUGGUUAUUCACCAUAUUGCCACAGAAAGGGGCAUACAUACUGAGUGAGGUUAACGUCUAAAGAAACUGUGUUUGUCCUCACAGAGAGCUGAAAUUCUCUUCACUUCACCACUCUGCUCAAGUUAAGAUUUUCAAUGCUCACCUGUGUUGAUUGACUGCCCCCGUAUUUUUUAGUGUAUUUAUUUUUAAAGAAAAUAUCAAUAAUGGGAUUACUAAUUGAUCCAAUGCCAAAUUCUCCAAACUAACAUGACAAUAAGAUUCAUUAGGCAGAUGGUAAGGAGAAUUACUAAUAAGAUCUUGUGAGUUAAAGGGUCAAGUUUGAUUUAGUUAAGAUCAAAGAAUGGUUUCUUGUAACAAUUAAUUGUAUAGCUUUUUUCAGUCAUUUCCACAAAGUUUGAGGUAACUAUCAGCAAGCCCUUGGGUAAGUUAGAUUUCUAUAAGUCUUGUGUUUUUAUGGUUUUUUUGUAUAUUUUAGCUGGAGGAUUAUACCAGAAAAGCACUUGAUGAUGGUAUUGAUAAGUAUCUUGAUGGUGACAAAGAUGCAAUAGAUGCAGUAGACAAUAUACAGAAGCAGGUAAUUAAGUUAUUCUGUUGUAACAGAACUUUACUUAGAGUAAGGCAAAGAAGCAAAAUGGGAUGGAAUUGGAAAAUUAGUUUCUUUUAAUUCUGGUAAAAGGCUCGUUGCAUGACGAGGAAAGGUUAACAGUAUGUCUGUGCAGUGUUGUAGGGAUAAUUAUAUGAAAUUGAUAGGACUCUUAUUAAUACUGGUUAUUCUGUUCAGCCACCAUAUAAACAUUUGAUUACACUCUUGUCAACCAUAAACAUGCUCAACAUCCAUACACACUGGGCUCUUCUUGCCACAUUUUGAUGUCACGUGUGAUCUACAUUGUAUUACUAUUAUGCAAUCUAUUUGUGAAGCACAUUUGAUUUUGGUUAAACAAUUUUUCAAUCUGUUCUAAGUUAUUUUGCUAAAUUUGCUGAGGAACUUCAGCUCAGCUGCAACCUGAUACUGUAAAUGGAAAGAGCUCUAAAUUAAUGUCUAAUGUAAUAUGUUUGUUUUGGUUAAACAAAUAAAAUUUUCAGUCUGUUUAAAGGUUUUGUGUUAUAUUUUAGACAAGUUCCUUCUAUCAAUAAGGAACUAUUUACAGCUUAUGAAAUCAAUAGGAUUUUUUUAGAACUGAUUAAGAUACUAAUCCAAAAUUAGGAAUUGUGUAGUAAACAGUAUGGAGAAUAUUCAUGAUGAAGUUAGAGUGUUAAGAGUUCAUUACACUUGCACUCUCUUCACAACCACAUAGUAAAAUUUAUGGUAAGAUCGACACUGAUCCAUCCAAGUAUGGAUAGCAUAUAUACUCCUUGCAGAUUGUCUCUAAGGCUGUUAAGAUUUUACUCAAUACUUUUUUGACUGAUUUGUGCAUUUCAAAAAGUUUAUUUGUUGUACACUAUUUUAAGCAAUAGCUUUUUUUUUUGCAGUUUAAUUGUUGUGGUGUUGAUAGUUAUAAGAACUACCUUAAUGCUUCUGAUGAUAAAAAAUUCCCAUCGACAUGCUGUAAGAAUAAAGAGGUUUGUCCUGGCACUGUUGGGGAUGUAAAGAAACUAAAUAAAACAGAACUGGAUGAUGAAAUCUAUACAAAGGUAAGAAAUAUCUCAAUUUAAGGUUAUUUUUUGAGGCAGAAAAAAAUUUCUUAGUCACUUACCUCAUGCAUGCAGUCAAUGAAAGUUUAUACAUGUAUAUCAGGGUGUGUAAUGCUGUUGUGAUCCUUUUUGAUAAUGUGAAAGGUAACAGUGUUACUGUUGAAAGUUGUCACAUGAAUUUUCAAAGUUUUAAGUAUCCCACCAAGAUGGGUCAAAAAUUAAAUUUGAAAGGGUUCACUUACCAAGUGUACGUAAGUACUUUAUACUACUACUACUGAGUGAUGGAGCUAAAUGGAUUUAUUAAUGAUUCACUUAAAGUUUUAGACAAACAUUCUAAAUGUUACAUUAAUUUAGUUUGAAUGUGCAGCUCCAGAAAAAUGUCCCCUCCUUAGUAAAGUGCUAGUUUUACCAAAAAAGUUAAAAAAGUAAAAAUGUUAAGGAACCUCUGGAAGAGUUUGUGUUUACAAAAAUUGUUUAAGUUAUAUUAACUUAAAUUCCUGUUUUUUGUUUUUUUUUUCCUUAUCUUAUUCCUUAUCUCACUGCUCAUCACUCCAACAUUGUUAAUUGUGUCCAAAUAUUUAUCUAUGAUAGAAAUUAACAUUUUGAUUUUUUUUGUUAAAGGGAUGCCUCACACAAUUCGAACAGUUUCUUCGUGAACACAUUUUGAUUGUCGGUGGAGUUGGUAUUGGCAUUGCUUUUGUCCAGGUUUGUAUUUAAUUUUCACAAUUAAGUUUGAGUUCUCAGUGCCAAUAAAUCUCUUUUUUUUGUGGGCUUUAUUUACUUUCACAAAGCUGGACUGGAGUCAAUUUUAGGGAAGCUAUGGUUUAGUAGGACUCACAUUUUUCCAGUUCACACAUAGCCCUAUCUAUGUAACAUCCCAUUUUCAUCUUAAUGGAGGCCUUGAUCCAGUAUGGAAGAAAUUAAGGGGAUUGUAAAUUUAAUUAGUUGGAUUACUAAAUGAAUGAGUGAUGUCUGGUAGAGUAGUGCCAUACAGUUAAAUCCCUCCUAUUUAAAAUGACCAAUGAUAGCAACUUUUCCCCACCUACACGUACUUGUGUGGUGAAAACAAAUCAUAACCAACAUCCUUGUAUUUCAGAUGUGUGUCAGAGCUCUAAUGUUUACUCUUAAUAUUUUAUUUUUCCUCAGUUGAUUGGCAUUUUGUUUGCCUGCUGCCUCAUGCGGUCCAUCAAGGCAGAGUAUGAAGUAGUGUAA